GCGCGCGGGGGUGACGCAGGCGGAAGCGGGGAGCAGGGUGCGGCGGCACUGAAACUCCCCCGACCGCCGCGCCGGGAGCGGUCCCGCCAUGGAGGUGCAAGAUGCUGGACAAGAUAUGGUGGCUUCCUAUGCCACACCAGGAAGUGGUAAAUCGAAGCUGGAUACGCUGUCCAAGGAAGAUCUCAUCAAAUUUGCGAAGAAGCAAAUGAUGCUUAUGCAGAAAGUGAAGUCAAGAUGCACAGAAUUGGAAAAAGAGAUUGAACUCAAAUCAAAACCAGCUGCUGGAGGAGCUGAUGAUAUUAUUCAGGCACUCUCAGAAAGACUGGAUGCUGUUCUUCUGGAAAAAGCAGAGAUCCAACAGCAGUGCGUAGCCCUCAAGAAAGAAAAUGCUAAAAGGAAACAAGAAGCAGAGGUUGCUGUAACUAAGACAGAAGAACUGCAGAAGCAGUUGGAACAAUCAAGCGUUGACCACUUGAAAGAUAUUGAAGGCCUUAAGAAUGAAGUAGUAAGAGCACAGUCCAAAUACAAUGAAGACUUAGCCAAAUUGCAGAAAGAACUGCAGGAAGAAAUGAAGAAACGAAUGGGGCUUGCAGAACAGCUUGAACUUCAUAGUAAUCAACAAGAGGAAACUAAAAGACUACAAGAAGAGGUCCAGCAAAUUAAGCAUACAUAUGAGGAACAGAUUUUAUGUCUGAAUAAACAGUUGGAAACUAUCAGUGAAGAUAAAAACAAAGAAAUUGAAAAUCUGCAAGAAGUUAUCAAAACUAAUUCUCAACAUUACUGUAGUGAAAUCAAUAAUCUGCAUGAAGAGCUUAUGCAAGUAAAGGGUGCACACCAGGAAGAGGUUUCAGAAUUGAUGUGUCAGCUUGAAGCUACUUCUAAAGAAUACGAAGAGGAACGAAACCAGAUAAAUCGGCAAAAGCUGGACUUAACAGAGCAGCACUUGGUAAAAGAGGAAAGCAUGAAGAGUGAAUUAUAUGCUAGUAAUGAGAAAUGUGAACAUGAAUUGGAGGAACUAAGAGAAGCUGUAAAUGAAAAUGAGACAGAUGUUACAGAUGUACAAAGAGAGACUUAUGUGAACACAAAAAUGGAAGAAAAGGUCAACCACUUAGAACAUAUUUUAAAAGAACUGGAAUCUCAACAUAGUAUAUUAAAAGAUGAACUAACGUAUAUGAAUAAUGUUAAGUUAAAACUGGAGGAGGAAAUCCAGCGCACAAAGGAUGAAUAUUUUCAUGAGCGGGAAGAUUUGGAGUUUAAAAUUAAUGAACUGCAACUUGCUAAAGAAGAUCAUUGUUGUGUAAUUGAAAAACUAAAAUCAGAGCUCCAAGCAACAAGACACCAAUAUGAAAUCACUGAAAAAGAGCGUAACCUAGAAGUUCAAAGUCUGAGAGAACAACAAGAGAGAGAGAUUUCGGAACUACAUCAGACUUUAUUGUCAAGUUCAGAAAAAGAAAAUAUGGCAUUGGUUUUCGAAAUACAUGAUCUUAAGGAACAGUAUCAAAAGCUCAUACAGGAGAAGGAAGAAGCAGUGUUCAAUUAUGAGAGUUUGAGGGAAACGCUGGAAACUCUACAGACUGAAUUGGGGGAAUCAGCUGGAAAGAUCAGUCAGGAGUUUGAAUCAAUGAAGCAGCAGCAAGCUUCUGACGUCAGUGAGUUACAACAGAAACUCAGAGCUGCUUUCAAUGAAAAGGAUGCUCUGCAUGAAACAGUGAGUCGUCUUCAGGAAGAAGCAGAAAAAUUAUCAUCUAAACAAGCUGAGGUGGAAGAACUUAAGCAUAAAAUAGUCAGCUUUCAGGAGGCGAAUGAGGCAAUGGUGAUCUCUCUUGAUCAAAAAGAGAUCACAAUAAAAGAAUUGGAGGAAAAGGUGACUACUCUUGCCUCUCAAAGAGAUGGUAUUUUAAGUGAACUGAAAUGUUCAGGUGAAGAAGUAGAAAAUCUCCAAGAAAUGUGUAAAAAAGAACAAGAAAAGGUCCUGGAACUUCAGCAACAAGCAGAAUUUGUUAACCAGUGCAACAGUGAACUGAAAAAAAAAGUAGAGGAUUUAACAGAGACACUAAAAGAAGCUUUAAAAGAGAAGGAUGAGAAUAACCAAAAGUUAAUGCAAUUAGAGGAACAAAUGGAAGCUCUGUCGCUUGAUAGAAAGAGUCUGUUAUCUCAAGCAUAUACUCUUCAUAAGGAAAAUGAGAAAAUCAAUAAGGAAAAAGACAAAAUAAGUAGUAAUCUGGAAAAGAUUACCUCUGAAAAGGAGGAUUGGCUAGUAUUUAAAGGACAAGCUGAACAUUUAGAAAAGAAAUUACAAAUUGCUGUUGAAGAAAAAGACCAUUUAACUUCGCUUCUUGAAAACAAACAAGCACAUGCAUCACUUGUCAAAACUCAGCUGUACGGUUUGCUUGAGCAAAUAGGGUCCAGGCUUUCAGAUGAUGAUGAGGAACAUGAUAUUAUUAAUUUACUGGAGAUUGCAAAUGAAUCCUUGGCAAAAAUGAAGGAAGAAAAACAGAGUCUUACUUUGCAGAAUGAUGAAAAAGUUGUUAAUUUACAGCAGAAGGUUGAGAGACUUCAGGAAGAAAAUGUAGUUCAAUGUACGGAGCUCAGAUCUUUGCUGGAAAACUUUGAAAAAGAAAAGUGUCUCUUAGCAGAAAAAUUAGAAGGAGCUUUGACAGAAAAAGCAGCAUUGCAGCUAGAUAUCCAAGAGAUGAAGAGUGCCAGUGAGAAAGCAAGGAAUGUAAAACAAGAUCUUCUAGCUUGUAUUGAAGAGAUCUCUCAAAAACUUGCAUGUUAUGAAAGCCAAAUACAAGAGCAACAGAAGGAAUCUUCUACAGAAGAGCAAGAAAACCUAAAACUCACUCUAGAACAAAGAGAGGCUGAACUUAGACAUGUGAAAGCCGAACUGACCUCUCUAAAGGAUUUCAUGGAGAAGUCGUCUGUAAAAAAUGACCAACAAUCUUCAGUAGCAGAACUAGAAGAAAAAAUUGUAUAUCUGGAAAAACUAUCUGCAGAGAGAGAAGAGAAGGUAAAUAAAGUUAAAGUCAUUGCUGUGAAAGCAAGGAAAGAACUAGAUUCUAGUAGAAAAGAGGUGCAGUCUUUGAGAGAAGAAUUAGAGUUGGUACAAUCAGAGAAAGAUCAGCUGUCUGCUUCUAUGAGGGACAUCAUCCAAGGAGCAGAAAGCUAUAAGAAUCUUUUGCUGGAAUAUGACAAGCAAGCAGAACAGCUGGAUUUGGAAAAGGACCGAGCAAAUAAUCUUGAACAUCAGAUGGAUGACCUUACAAGACAACUACAGACCUCAACUCAGCAGCAAAACCAACUAAACUCUGCCAAUGAAGACCUUAUGGCUCGUCUUGAAACUCUACAGUCUAAUGUUAAACUGCUAGAAGCCCAGAUAUUGGAAAUGCAGAGAGACAAAGCAAAAGUCGACAAAGAACUGGAAGCUGAAAAAUUUCUAAAAGAGCAAAAGAUAAAGGACCACAACAGUGCUGUAAGAGAACUUGAAGACCUUCAGCUUCAGCUUCAGAAGGAAAAGAAAUAUCUUCAGAAAACUAUGCAGGAGCUAGAGCUGGCCCGGCGGGAUGCCCAGAAGAGCACACUAAUGGAUAUGGAAAUGGCUGAUUAUGAGCGUUUAGUGAAAGAACUUAAUCAGAAGAUUACAGAUAAAAACUGCAAAAUUGAAGAUCUUGAGCAAGAGCUCAGAAUUCAAAAACAAAAACAAGAAACACUACAAGAAGAAAUACAAUCCCUUCAAUCUUCUGUGGUACAGUAUGAGGAAAGGAACUCCCAAAUAAAACAACUGCUAGUGAAAACCAAAAAAGAACUGGCAGAUUCAAGGCAAGCUGAAAAUGACCAUCUAAUACUUCAAGCAUCAUUAAAAGGAGAGCUAGAGGCAAGUCAGCAGCAAGUGGAAGUCUAUAAGAUUCAGCUGGCUGAACUAACAUCAGAAAAACACAAGAUUCAAGAACAUCUGCGGACCUCUUUGGAGCAACACCAGCGCACUCUGAGUUCUUACCAGCAGAAAAUUGCAACCCUACAAGAAGAAUGCAACACAGCAAAGGCCGAACAAGUUACUGUUACCUCUGAAUUUGAAAGCUACAAAGUCCGUGUUCAUAAUGUUUUAAAACAACAAAAGAAUAAAUCUGCUUCUCAGACUGAAACUGAGAGAGCCAAGCAAGAAAGAGAACACAUGGAAAUGGUGAUAGACCAACUAAAAGUAAAGUUACAAGACGCCCAGCAUAAUUUACAAAUCAAUGUAACUGAACUUCAAGCAUUGCAGUCUGAACAUGACACCCUGCUAGAACGGCACAAUAAGAUGCUGCAGGAGACGGUGACGAAAGAGGCAGAACUCCGAGAAAAGGUCUGUACUAUACAGUCUGAGAACGUGGUGUUGAAGUCAGAGCACGCACAGACUGUGAGUCAGCUGAUGACCCAGAACGAAGCUCUUCAGAACAGUUUUAGAGAUCAAGUGAGGCAUUUGCAAGAAGAGCAUAGGAAGACUGUAGAGACGUUGCAACAGCAGUUAUCCAAGGUAGAAGCGCAAUUCUUCCAACUUAAGAGUGAACCCAGCACAAGAGGUCCGGCUGUUUCAAACCUGCCAGUGAAGAACUUGCGAGAACGGAGAAACACUGACCUUCCUCUUCUUGAUGUGCACACUGUAGCUAGGGAAGAGGGAGAAGGAAUGGAAACAACUGACACAGAGUCUGUGUCUUCUGCCAGUAUCUAUAUGCCAUCAUUGGAACAACUUCUUAAUUCUCCUGAAGCCAAAUUUGAGCCACCUCAAUGGCAAAUGGAACUCACCAAAGAAGAGCUGGUGCAGAAGCUAAACACAACAACAAAAAGUGCUGAUCAUUUGAAUGGAUUGCUUCAUGAAUCGGAAGCAACCAAUGCAAUAUUAAUGGAACAAAUUAAGCUUCUUAAGAGUGAAGUAAGACGACUGGAAAGGAACCAAGAGCGAGAGAAGUCUGUUGCUAAUCUGGAAUACUUGAAAAAUGUUCUGCUUCAAUUUAUAUUUCUGAAGUCAGGCAGUGAAAGAGAGAGGCUUCUUCCAGUAAUGGAUACCAUGUUGCAGCUCAGCCCUGAAGAGAAGGGAAAACUUGUUGCAAUUGCCCAUGGUGAGGAAGAAAGUGCAUCACGGCCCUCUGGUUGGGCUUCAUACCUUCACAGUUGGUCAGGACUUCGAUGAGACAAUGGAAAUCUUUUAGACAUUUACAUUCCACAAUUGCACUAACAGAGAAAUUUUACUAUAGAAGAAUGAACCUUACAUAUGUAGCACUGACAGUUUUAUUUUUCUGAUUUUGCAGAUUACCUUAAGCAAUGCAUCUUAGCCUAAAAAUUGGAAUAGAGGGUUUCUAAAGAAUAUGCUCUAUUACUUUCUGACUCCAGGUUCUGGUUGCGCCAAACUAUUUCAUUGUUUCUUCUAAACAUUUUUAGAUUAAGCAAGUUGGGACUCAGGAGUAAAAUGAAAGGGGUGAAAAGUUACUGAUUACUUGAGAACAUAAUUUGGCAAACUGGUCACAUUUUAUUUUUAUUAAAAGUCGCAUAAUUUAACAACAACAAUAGGUAAAAUUCUUAGUAAAGUACUUCAAAAAUACAUUUUCAGGAUGCUAUUUUCACUCAAUGAAUUUGAAGAAAACAAAUAAUUUGUAUUAUUAUAAAUCUAUUGUCCAAAUAGUAUAAUAUCAAAGUCAAAUAAAACUGUUUCCACUGCAUGAUGAUCUUUAUAAAAUAUUGCAUGGCUCUUAAGAGAAUUUGGAGAGACAUGGCAUUUUCUGUUUUGACUUUGGCUAAAUUCUCAGUAAAGUUUGCAGCAAAAAUAGAUUCAGAAUAUGAAGCCUAGGGCCAAAGAGAUUAGUUACCCCUAAAACUUGUCCUGUGUUUGGGAUAUUAAUAUGUCGGAUGGAUAUUCAAGGCCUGACAUUGGAUCAGAUGCUAGAGACCGUUCAGGGAAGGCCCAGGACAGACAUUUUCAAGAAUCAGUGGCACAUGUGGCCUAAAAUUCUAGGAGAGAGGGCUUAAACUAAGGUAUCUUUGUCUGAGGCUGGAAUCUGCAUAGGCAACUUGAGGGAUGAGUAAUGAAGACUAGGCAAGAAACUGUAAGCAGGCACUGGCACCAUCAUGCUAUACUGAAAUAAAGGAUAAACAAUGAUGGUAGGAACAAGAUCCUGAAGGAGGGAUCUGAAUUUGCUGAAGUUUACACGCCCUAAAUAAAACUGCCAGGAAAGAAGGUAGUGUGUUUUCUUGGAAUACUUUUAUAGCAGAUGCAGUUUGCAGGCAUUCUUAUGUAAAGAAAUUACUCACUUCUUUCUCUUCACUCCUUCCUGUCUCUCUGCCUUUUUGGUCAAGUGAUUUGUGCUUCAUUUUAGAUUAUGCUACUUCAUGGCUUUUCUGGAAACAGCACUUCCAUGUGUAAAAAUAAGUAUAAUUCUGUUGUAAACAGUGCGCUCAUUUCCUCUCCCCCACUCCCCAGCUUCUACUUCUGUUUUGUUUUACUUUUUUCCUCCUACUCUAUGUAUUCCAGUUCUGUUCUCUUAAUUACUCCAUUUGUAUGUAAAUUUAUUAUAUAUACAUAUGCAUUCUUCUCACCUACCAUCCAAGACUUUUUCAGGCAUUUGUCUCCCCUUCUCCAAUAUGCUCUUAUUCAGUCCUAAACUACACUUCUCAACACAGAGGAGCAGGAAGAUGCACACUUAGACCCACCAGCACAUCUUUCUCUACUACAGAUACUGCUGCCAUACCACACUGUACAAAACUAAACAGUAAGACCAGGGUUAGGGAAAAGCAGUCCUGAGAUUCUGUUGUCCACUCCCUGAAUAAUGUAGUAUUAAUCAGGACUGUGGUUAAUUUGGCCGCAAGAACAGCAGUAGAGAUUAUCUUGCUAUGAGAAUAGAAUGUCUAUGAUGAGUAGUUAUUGAUAUGAAAGUGACUAUAUGUAAAUGACUUCUUAGUCAUCUCUACUUCCUGUGACUUACUAUACUGAGGGGGAAAUACAUUUUUUUUAAUUGCUAUUUUCCAUUAGCACUGCAGAGCCAACAUAGUUACUAUAGAGUAAAUCCUUUUGGCACAAACCAAUUAGCAAUCUACUUUUUAAAUUCUAGUUGCAGAAUUGUCCUGGGUCAUAGAUGAGACAGAAAGCAUCCAGUUUGACCUUCCUAUCUAGGAUUGCAGGCCUCAUAAUUAGAAAGACAUCUUUUGAACAACUGAAGAUGCCACUGUGGUGUUUUUACAGUCAUUUUCCGACUAUACGCACCCCUUCCUCCUCAUUGAUUUUUUCUAAAUCACUAGAUGUUAAUCCUCAUUUUUCUUUUUCACAGUCAAUUGUGAUUAGUCUAAUUAAAAUGCCAGGACAAAGUUGGUGGUAAAAGAUUUCAGUUCAUAAUAUUUCACUCAUAUGCGCUUAAGUUUUUAAAUCACAGCAGGAAAAUGUCUGCACUGUUUCUUACGUUGAUUUCAAAACUAGUUCAACUGAAAUUUGCUGCUGUCAUGAUUCUUUCCUCCUUCAGUCUUUUUUGCACAAUAUCUAUUCAACUGUCUUUGUUAUAGAGAGGCUGUGACAAGUGAAUUUUUCUCUUUUAAAAUGUGUAUUUCAAAUCCUAAGAUUUUUAUUUAACUUUGCAAACUGUGAAUAACAUUUUAUACUGCUUGCAUACUUUAACACUGACUGUAUUAAAUAGCAAUGGCUUUAUUUGUUUUCAGACUUUUGACUUGUAUAUCCACUAUUUUAGUGAAACUCAAAUAUUGUGCUCAUCAAUGUAAUUCACACUUCUUGCAUAUGCUUCUGCUACAAAGGAACAUUACUGAGGCCUUGAAAGAGUGUUAAGAAUAUUUUAAUAAUUAUAACUAAACAUAUUUGUAUAAUGUGUGUGAUACAAUUGUCAGUGCUUUCAAAACAGAACCUUUCCAGGCUGAGGAAGAAACGUCAGCUGUAAGUGCAUGUCUGGGGGUUUUUAAUACAUAGUUACAGUAAACAGGAUAGACAGGACAUGUGGACUGGAAGCAGAAUUAUUUUUCAUUAACUUCCAUUUUAGUCUUCUAAUAAGGCACCCUAGUUGUGACUCAAAUUCCAAAAGGCAAUUUAAAUUGAAAAUUAAAGCUGGCACUUUGCUCACCUUUGCACUGUGCUGCUCAUUUUUAAGGAGUGUAUCUAGGCCUCACUUUGAUUGUUUGUUCUGUUUACUCUUUUUACAGUACCAUAUUAUCCUGAGUUGCUUUCAGACUUGUAAAAAGACAUGACCCCUGCCCCACCAAGUUUACAUACUUAGGGCCAAAUUAGGGGCUCCCCAACAUUAGAAGGAAGAGGGCCACAGUUUGAUUACAGAUGCUGUUGGGGACUCCAAAAGAGCCUGCCGGUUCUGAAGCUAGUGCUAGAAACUGCAGAGGGAGAGUGUUUAGGGCCAUGGCCCCACCCCCUGCACAUCUGUUGGACUGUGGUUCAGCAACUGCUGCCUACACUUGCACAAGUCUGGAGCCCACUCCCUUUUAUUACCUUACAAAGGUGUUCCUGCAGGUGCCACCACUUGGCUUGUGCUUCUCUUUUCACCUGCAGAGGCACAGCUGUCCAGAGAGGCCAUCACAUUGAAUACUUUUUUAAAAAUUCACUAUUAAAACCUCUUUCUGAGGAGCACACUUUAAAACAUAUCCUGAUUUUUUUUAAAGAAACAAAACAAAUACUUAAAGUAUAACUGCUCCUUUGUUUAUUCACAAGGAAAUUUUGAGUGGGCCUGAAGGCAACACCACUGAACAUGCUCAGGUCCAUCCUUUCUCUCUGCACAUCUACCUCCCAACCUUUUCGUACUAGCUCUGCUGCUGCUAGGACCAUUAAACACCUUUUUGCAGAGCCUGGGAAAGGCGGGCAGCAUCCACAAAACUGAAACUUGGGUGUAUAUGGUGUCAGAGGUGCAAAGUGAACAAAUGGAAGAGAACUUCUUUCUGUUGUAAUCGUAGGGGUUACUUGUAACAAAAGUAGAUAAACAAGUUUGUUAGAAAUGUUAAUUGGUGGUCUCCUAAUGUUCUGUUAUACAUUUCGAUAAAAUGCAUAUUCACCUGAGUGUGUGCCUUUGUUCAGAAUGCCUGUGUUCUUUGAUAAUUUGAGUAAAUGUUAUUCAGGUACUUCCUGUUAUGGAUUUGUCCUGCAGUACAAAAGUAAAAGGAUUUAUGAUAGUAAAAAGUUGAAUAACGUGAGUUAUGGGUUUACUAUAGAAAUAUUGACACAAUCCUGACUUGGGGAUAGCAUCACCAUGUUGAAAAUGAAUGUGAAUAUGUGUGUGGGGAGAAAUAUAAUUUUAGAAAUUUAAUGUAAAAUAGCUGUCUUAGUGUAUCUUAUUAGGAAAAAUAUAAAUGAACUUUAAAAAAUUUGUGCUUUUGUUAUUUGUUGUUUAGCAUAUGCUACUAGACAGAAAAUGGCUGACAUCUAGUAGCUGAGAUUGAUUAAAAAAUGCAGAAUGUGUGGUCUUAAGGGUGGAGGAGCUGCUUCAGAGAUUCUCUGGUUUAACUUACACACCAGCCACUCUAACCUGAAACUAACACUUUCACAAGAUUAGCCUCUUUAUUCAAAUAGCAUCCAAUUUCUUAUGUUCAAGAAUGAUUUAAACUCAAACAUAUAUACCUCUUGUCCAAUUCCCCUAGUCUUUUUUUGCUUAGAUAAAUAUAUAUAGCCACUGUGAACUCAUCCUGGUAAGAGAGGAAGGGUGAAGGAAUAGAACUGAAGAAUCCAUCUCUAUUGUUCCUUUGCUAAUUAAAUCUGCUUUGGCUUUGAUCGUUUUCUUUGUUGCGAAUCAAGUUUUGGGGAACCUUGUUGUGAAAAUGCAGGAGAGAAAAAAGCAAUUAUGCCAGCAGGAACCACCAGCUUGACAUUUCAGACUUCAUCCUAGUAAUUUUGGCAAGAAUAUUCUGAAUUUGAGUGUCAGGUUUUGCUUCUAAAUCAAUACUCAUUUCUUCUGGAAGCCCACACCCAAGCUCUUGAAAAUCUAGGAAAGACUGAAGGUAUGUCUGCACGACAGAGACUAUACUAGCAUGGCUAUGCUGGCAUAACCCCAUAGGGUGGCUCCAGUCUACACUGACAGGGGUUUUUCAAUCUGUGUAGGAAUACCAGAUCCCAAAGUCAACAUAGCUGUGCCUACACUGAGGGCUAUGUCAGCAUAGCAAGGUUGGUCAGGGGUGUGAUUUUUCACCCUGAGGUAACUAUUCCAAUAUAGCUUUCAAGUGUAGACCAAAUUUAAGGUUUGUGUGUUUUAAGAUUAAACAUAAAGCUGCUUUCAUUAUGAUAAUACAGAUUUUUCUCUAAAUGAAAAGAUGCAAAGUCAUAGCUAACUUUAGUAGCAUAAUGGACUAGAAUAAAUAUGAUUCUCCAUUGCCUGGUACCUUGCAUACUGAUUUACACUUGUGUACAAGAAUGAAUGUAAAAAUGCAGCCAUUCUAAGUGGAGGUUUCUGAUAUUCUGCUGUUUACAUCCACCUUGCAGUUUGGAAUGGACUAGG